CUUUUUCUCCCGCCAAUAGAUUCACAAUAAAUUAGGGUUUUCGAAGCUUAAUCGUCUCCGAUUCUACAUCUCCCAGUUUCUUCAGAAUGGCUGAUGAAGCAGAUGCUCUUUCUCAAUUUGGUAUAUCGAAGGAGGAAACGGAUAAGCUUGUUUCGGAGGUGAUUAGAUUCGUACUCUUCAAGUUCCAUCAAAACUCAGGAUGCCCUAUUAAAAGAGAAGAUUUGACUCAGAUUGUUACCAAGAACUAUCGUCAGCGUAACCUGGCCACCUCCGUGAUCAACGAAGCUAAGACCAAGCUCUCAAGUGUGUUUGGUUAUGAUUUGAAAGAGCUUCAACGCUCUAGGACUUGUUCUAAUGCUCAAACAAGGCUUCCUCAGUCACAAAGUAAUGCUGACUCGAAAUCGUAUGUGCUCGUUAGUCAAUUGCCGAUUGAAGUGUUUAGGAAACAUGUGGUUGAAGAAACAACAAGCCCUAUGACUGGCUUUACGUUUGCGGUUCUUGCUGUUGUGCAGCUUGCAGGAGGCAAAAUACCUGAAGAAACCCUUUGGCACCAUUUGAGGAGAAUGGGACUGCACGAAAGUGAUGAGCAUAAUCCUGUGUUUGGGAGCAACAAGCAGGCCCUAGAGACGUUAGUGCAACAAAGGUUCUUGCAGAAGGAGAAAGUGAGUGGCCCAGAGGGUAAUACUCUGUUCUACGAUCUUGCUGAGAGAGCUUUAGAUGCGCAAGUCAGCGAGAGAGUAAAAGAUUAUAUUUCACAGAUCCUGAAGAAUGAUGUCUCUGUUGUAGAGCUUGACUGAUUAGUUGAAAAUUAAGGCUUCGAGACUAACCAAAUAGAUUGGUUCAAGUCUCUGGCUUAUGAAUUUGUAUUUUUCCUUAAUGUGAUACUGUUUGCGGAAGUUAAAAGCAAAAAUUAGGAUAUUGGCAGAAAAAUCAGGAACUGACUUAUAUAAUAUUUGCUACAAAA